GAAGUUCCCCGGAUGCAGUUGUGAUUGACUGUACACGGCUAAAAAGUUUCGCUCUAGUCGAGAGGUGCGACUGCAGCCCGUGUGGUAGGUCGGUGUUAGGAAGGCAGCAGGACAGAAUGCAGAACGUAAAGUGUGUAGUGGUGGGGGACGGUGCCGUGGGUAAAACAUGCCUCCUCAUCUCCUACACCACCAACGCUUUCCCCGAGGAGUACAUCCCCACCGUGUUUGACAACUACAGCGCCCAGAUGACGGUUGACGGCCGCAUCAUCAGCCUCAACCUGUGGGACACAGCCGGACAAGAGGAGUACGACCGCCUCCGUACUCUCUCAUACCCCCAAUCCAACGUCUUCGUUAUCUGUUUCUCCAUCGGGAGUCCUUCAUCCCACGCCAACGUCCGCCACAAGUGGCACUCGGAGGUGUCUCACCACUGCCCCAGCGUGCCCAUCCUCCUAGUGGGGACCAAGAGUGACCUGAGGAAUGAUGGGGAGACGGUGAAGAAGCUGAAGGAGCAGGGUUUAGCUCCCAUCACAAAGCAACAGGGGAACAGCAUCGCUAAGCAGAUAGGAGCGAUGAAGUACAUGGAGUGUUCCGCUCUGACGCAGGAAGGGGUCAGGGAAGUGUUCACCGAGGCAGUACGGGCCGUGUUGUAUCCCGUUACCAAAAAGAAUGCAAAGAAGUGUGUACUGUUGUAAUGGAGGGACACAGAUGGGGAGAAGGAGGGAGAGACAAUGACGGCGCAAGGUUGAGUUUGUUGGAGGAGAGACUCAGCCCCCAGGCCUCUCGGGCCCCCUCUGCCUCUCGGGCCCCCUCUGCCGCUCGGCCCCCUCUGCAUCUCGGCCCCCAGGCCCCUUUGCCUUUAAAGACUCUUGAUUCAGCUCACUUCUCUCCUUCUUCCAGCCCCUCAAAAUCAAAUCUGGAACUCAGUCAGUUCCACUGCUUUUUUCCCUAAUUCCCCUCUAAUCAGGGACUGAUUUAGACCUGGGACACCAGGUGGAUGAUUCCCCUCUAAUCAGGGACUGAUUUAGACCUGGGACACCUGGUGUGUGCAAUUAAUUACAAGGUAGAACAGAAAACCAGUUGUUCGGACCUUUGUAGUGUCAGAGCGGAGUACCCUGGCUCUAUUCCUUGUCCUCAGAGUUUAAUCCACUUCUAAUUCUAUCAUCACCAAGGUGACUAUACCAACAGGGUGCAGAUAGCCUCACUCCUCCCUGUCCGCUCCAACCUGUUAGUGUUGUCACUUGACUCAUUCCUCCCAGUCCGCUCAAACCUGUGUUAGUGUUAUAACUUGAUUUUUUGUUGUUGUUGCAAUGUUCGAAAGAUGCUUCUGCGUAAGUAAUCGGUCUAUUUUGUUUCGUAUGAUCCCUUGCCUUAAGAUGUUUCUUAAUAUGCCAUGAUGGCCGAUCCUCAACAUACCAGUGACCUGAUAGAGCUGGAGAGAUGAGCUCUGUCUUAGUAAGAGGUUAAUCAUGACCUCAAUCACAGCCUCUCCAGUCGGUUAUUCAGGCUAUCCGUCAAGGACUGUUGCAAACGCACCUGGAAAUAGCCUAUACGUUUUGGGCAUCUUGUUCUGUGCAGCUCUCUGCUUUAGCUCGGCGUCCAGUUUACCUUCUUAAUGUCCCUUCAAAUGGAUAGUAGCCUAAUCCAAGUAUGAUGCAAGGGCCAAAGCAAUAGGGUUGUGUGCAGACAUUUUAAAAUCAAUUAAUGGAUUGGUUGGAUGAAUGUUGUGAGUUUGUAUGAUUUAAUGCUGACAGGAAUGGUGGAAUGACGGACAUAUCAGAUUGUUGGUUCUAGUUAUUUAUGCCAAUUACAUUUUAAUGUGCCUUAUUGUAAGAUAUCUGACGUUUAUUGUAUCUACCUUAUUGAUUAUUUGCUUUAGAUGCCAAAACUGUUGAGUAGCUGUGUGUGUGUGUGUGAGAGAGAGAGAUACUAGAGUUGAUUAGACUCCAUGUCACAUCCUCUCAGAAGAACCAAAGCUUUAAAUGAAACCAAAGCUUCUUUAUCAAAGUUCCAUGAAACCACUUUUUGACAUUACACAAUGUUUCUCCCCUCUGUCUACUCUAAGACGGAUGUAGCCCUAUAAGUGACAUCAGAGAAGUGGUGUGGGUGUUGUGGUGUGAACUUGUGUUCACAGCCCUUAGCGUUUGCCUCUAGGAUGCUACAACCUAUAUAAUGCUGGUAAAUGGAGGCUGGGGUUUGAUUACUGGCUGUGAUAACUGACAAUAACUACAACAGGAAAUAGGGCUAAGAUUGCACAUUUAUUUUGGCAGAUUAAAUUUUUUGCAUUUUAUUAAUUAAAUGAAACGUGGGCAGUAUAGUCUGGACAUUGAUAGGGUAUCGUGCUGAAAAUGUACAGGGUCAGACCUAUUUACGUUUGCAUCACAAAUGGCACCCUACUGCCUUUUUAGUGCAUCAAGUAAGUAAUAGGGUACCAUUUGUGACUCACUCAGAGUAUUAAAGAAUAAAACCAAGAGAGCAAUUAAAACUUAUUCCUAUUUUAAAUAAUCUUUUAAAAAAUCUAUAUAUUCAGGUGUUCAGCUGGUAGUUUGAAUAUUAACUUAACAGUAACCAAUCAUGGGAGUUCUCUCCUAGGUAGGGAGAGAGAUGCAAAUUAUUGUUUGUGAGAAAAAAAAUCUGUGUGGAAGAAACAUGUCACUCCACCUCAAGUUCUAGAGGGAGUUCACUUUUUACUCUGUCAUGUGGAGGUCCUUCAGUGCUUCGUGGAAACAGAUGUUGGUUGAACAUAUCGCUGAGACUGUGUUUAGUGUUUAAGAGAAUGAAAGCAUGUCUUGUCAGUGUAAAUGCUAUGGGUUGCUUGUUGUGCUACCGUGUCCUGAUAUUUACUCUGUCUAAACAGACCACACACCUGUGGCUGUUUCAUCUGCGGUCUUACAGCUAGCUCUGUGUGUGUAGGCCAGUGUUUUCACAACUCCUGCGGCCCCCAAGGGGUUUGGGUUUUUGCCCUAGCACUACGCAGCUAAUCAAAGCUUGAUGAUUUUUGAAUGAGCUGUGUAGUGCUAGGGCAAAAACCCAAAUGUGUACCUCUUGGGGUCCCUGGGACCGAGUUUAGGAAACAAUGGUGUAGGCUAGUGUGUAUGUGUGGGGUACUCUAUAAUACACUGGGAACUUGAUUUGUUUGUAGAAUUUUUGUAAUUUCAUAUAUUCUGAACAAAAAUAUAAACGAAUAAUGCAACAAUUGUUUGGAUUACACUGAGGUACAAUUCAUAUAAGGAAAUCGGUCAAUUUAAAUAAAUUAGGCCCUAAUCUAUGGAUUUUACAAAACUGGGAAUACAGAUAUGCAUCUGUUGGUCAA